AUCGAAAUCGGAUCGGUUGUGUUUUCUCAGUUGUUGUUGUUCUUGUGGCGCGAUCGAAAUUGUUUGGAGUUGCUGGGAACAAAUUAUUAUCAUAAUUAACAGCUAAGCCGUUUUGUGGAUACCACCAGCUGUGGCGAAAACAGUCGCAUUUCAAGAAAGGCAAAGAGCUAGAGAGAAGGAAGGAGCCAGAGUGAGAGAGAGGGAUAACUCUGCCCAUGCGCACAGCUGAUCCCAGGACCUGGCCUAACGGUGACUCGAUUGUCUGGGGCAAAUAACGAACGUUGGAAAACAGAAGCUGAAAUCGAAAAUCGUAAUCGAGAGCGGAAACGGAAGUCGCCUUGUAUAAAGGGAUCGAAAGCCGGAAGGCAAACCGCCACCCAAAGAGCGGAAACCAAAAUAAAAACACUGCAAAAGCAGGUGAAAAGCCUUAAAAUAUAUAUAACAAGAGCUAAGCAAAAGCACCACCGAAAAAAUGUUCCAAACCCUGCCCCGUCCAUCGCAAUCCAUGCUCCAAUGCGGAGCGGCGGCCAUCGUCACAGUCAUCCUUAUGGCAUGGGUCCGACCACUGGGCGUACUAUUUCUGGGUUUGCUCGGCUAUUGGAUUUAUUGGUCGCGCUGCAGCUUCCGUAUUGUGCCCACGGACGAGUUGCGCGGAAAGAUUAACGUUUGGCUGCAGAGGAUCGAGGAUUGGCGUCACAGCAGCCCCAGUAUGUUCUGUUUGGUCAGCAGCGGUUGCCUGGGCACGCUGGCGGUGCUCGGUCAUCUCAUCUCCGGCUCCACAUUGGUGCUUACCAUACUGGUCGUCUCCGCCCUCGUCUCCACCAAGUACAACUUUAAGCUGCUGAAGAUUGAGCACAAGGACUUCCAAUGGUCCGAGAAGCUCAACUACAACAACUUGGAGGCCGAGGUGGAUGAUGAAUUCCUGCCCGAUGUGAACGAAACGAAUCUGUUUGUGCUGGAGCGGGCCAGCGAUGUGGCCACCAUAAGCUCACCCACGGAUGCCAACGAUGAGGAGGAUGACGAGCGUAGUGACGAUAUACCCUCCGAGCUGCUCAUACCGGAUGUAAUACCCGAGAUUGAUGAGCAUUCUACGGAUGAGGACGAUGACCUGGCACCGCUGGCGUCUAAGAAGCAACUGCAGCAGCAGCAGGAGAAGCCCAAGCAAAGCGAGGAGGAUAUGAACUUCCGGAAGGGACACUUUAAGCGGGACUCAUCGCUAUCCACCACCUCCUCGUCGUCGGAGGAGAGUCUGUCCAAGGGGCUGCAGUUCCCCGAUCACACCACCGUCGAUGCAGCGACGCGCAGCAGCAGCAACCAGCAAUUGCGCCAGCUAACCGAUGGCUCUGAUCCUGCCGGCGAGCUACUGGCGCUGGCGGUUAAGACCCAAGCGCAAACCCUGCUGGCCAACAGUGGCAAGCUGCUGCCCAGUUUGGUCUCUGGCCUGGUGCAGUGGGGUGCAGCGGGGGGAGCAGCAGAUGCUGCUGCUGCCGUUGCCACUGUGGAUGAUGAUGUCGAGAGUCGGGAGCUGCAGAGACGCAAGGUAACUGCUUUGGACUCGUCCGAUGAGAGUGACUUUGAGAUACUUGAAACGGAUGACUUCAAGUAAAGUAUCGGGAGCCGGAUCUCUGGUCUGGUUUUAUGGAUCGGUGUAUCCGGGUUCGAUUUAUGCCGUAUUAUAUAUAAAGCUAUUAUCUAAAACAUGCAUACAACACAAGCACACAAACACACAGACAGACAGACACACACACACACACACUGUACACUCGGAGAAAGAGGAGUUGGUUUUAUGUAUAGAGUUUCCCCGGUGGAUAUCAGUAUAUAAUUUGCUAAACUGAUAUAUAAUAUAA